AUGAUAAAAUAAUAAAAUGAAACAGAGGUAACUUAAACUUAAUAAAUUAAGAUGCCAAAUAGAUAUGAAUUGAUUGAUCAAUUUAAAAUAAAAUUGCACUAGCGGUGUGGAGCAAUUGCAAUUAGCUCUGAUAAUAAUUUAGUGGUUAUUGGUUGUAAAAGUAAAUUAAGAAUCUAUUAAUUUUAAUAGUAGAUGCUGAAAUUAUUAUAAACCCUUUAUUCACAUACUCUAGAUGUAAAUACAUUAAACUUUUUUCAAAAUUUGAGCAAUAUGGUAUCUGGAAGUGAAGAUAAAUAGAUUAUUCUUUGGCCCUUGAUUAAUGGAAAUUCAAAUAAAUAUAUAAACAAAUAUAAAGGAAAAAAUAGUCAAAUCUUGUGUGUCGUUUUGAAUGAACGAGAAGAUCAACUCAUCUCUGGAAGUAAUAUUAUCUAAAUUUGGAAGCUUCAGAAUGGUUGGUCUUGCAUAUAGACCAUAUCUGA